AGAGAGAGAGAGAGAGAGAGAGAGAGAGAGAGAGAGAGAGCCAACUCUAGGCUGUUAUCUCAGCAAGAAAUCAUAGCAUCCUGAGCUGAGCUUCCUGGUAACCAGGAUAAAGGACACUAUGAUUGUGGUGUGUUUGGUUUUUCAGUUUUACUAGCCUAGGCUGGUCUCAGUCACGUCAACUGAGGAGGGCCUUGAACUCCUGACCUUCCUCUGUCCACCUCUAAAGUACUGGGAUUACAGAUCUGAGCCACCCCAACUGGACACAGAAUGGUCUCAUAACCUUCACUGGGAAGAAGGAGACAGUUUCCCUGAGCUUACGCUAUCAGGUUCUCUGCUUUCAGCAGGGAUUGCCACAGAGGUAAAGGAGGCAAUAUCUGAUUCAGAUUCCCUGGUGGCUCUUUGCUGAAUGUGUAGCCAUAUACAACGUAGGGCGGAAUAUUACUUUCCUGCGGUUGCUACAACCAGUUGCACCAAGUUCAGUGGCUUAAAGCAGCCAAGUUCUGGGACUGGAAGCUUGGAAUCCAAAUGUUAGCAGAGCCAUGCUCCUUUGAAGACUAUGGGGCCAGAUCCCUCUUUGCCUCUUCUCCUGAGCUGUCUGGCAGCCCUUACGGCUGUGUGGCUUGUCCGACCUCAGCUUCCGUCUAAACAGGGCUCUCUUCCCUGUGCAGCUGCUCGAACGGCCAUUUUUGUAAGACCACUAAUUACUGCACUUAGGGCCUACCUGAAUCCAGUAUGAUCUCAUCUUAACCAAUUACCUUGAGAAGACUCUGUUUCUAAAUAAGGGCAUACCCUGAGCUCCCUGGUGGGGAUGAACUUGGUGGCGGGGAGAAGAACAUGCCACAGAAACCUCCACAAACCCCAGUUUCCUUGUCUGUGAAAUUACAAAGGCAUUUUAAGAUUAGAGACAUGAGUAAAAGGGGCCGGCAUGGGGCAGCGCUGCAUAAGUGUGCUUUUAUGUUCUAAGUCAUGAAUCCUCUGUAGCAUUCUUUCUUCUUUUGGUGCUGAUAGUUGAUCCCAGGGUCUUUUGCAUGCUCGGCCAUCCUUCUACCUUUGAGCCACACCUAGCUAGCGCCUCUUAACGGCUUUACAAUGAGCCCACCCAUGCACCCCUCAGCUAGCGUCAAUCCCUCCCGAAUCGAUGGCUGGGUGCUGUGAAUGCUGCCCAGACUAUGGCAGAGGAAGCAGGAGUGGCGGCUUACCCAACAGGGCUGAGCACAAAUAAAGAUGCCGGAAGGUAGUGCUGAGGUAGGGGCUCUGCAGGAAGAAUGGGCCAAGGUAGUAGCCUGUAAAAUGACCUGGCAGGAGCAUUGAGUGCAGAGAGAAGGCAGGGCAGGCACGAGCAAAGCAAGAAUUUCUCUGCAGGGCAAAGGGGGCCUUUGAAGAGUUUUCCAGUGGGAGAGGAACAGCCCUGGAGUUCCAUUAGAGAGACAGCAACAUUAUAACCUAUGACUGGGUGUCACCAGGUGAUAGGAGUGGCCCAUAGGAGACGGUGGGGGGGAGGGUAUUAGGUGUGGCUUGGAGGAGGUCACAGAUAGCUCCAAUUGGAAGGGACCAGCGAAGGCCUCUGAGGGGCUGGACUCUGACUUUUGUGGCUGGUAGAGGUCUGAGGAGGGCAGUUGCUUGCUCAGGUUUAGGCAUGUUGACCUUGGGCAUCUGACCCAGCCCGCGGCUCAGACUUGGAUUCUGUAGGAAUAAUAUAAUAAUAGCUCAGCAUCCAAGAGGUAAGAGAGGCAGAGGAACUGCCGCCCAGGAAGGGAGCUCUGGGAACCUGGGUAAGCAGAGCAUGGUCUGUAUGGAAAGUGUGGGGCAGUUUGGGUGUCAGCAAAGUCACAGGGGAUUGCUGGUGAACAGGAGUACUUGGCUUGUGGUCCAGGAGACUGUGGGACAGAAGUGAGUUGGUUUUCCAGCAUAGGAUGGGAGGGCCAGGACCUGGAUAGGACAGGGCUUCUCUCCCAACUCCCUGGAGAUUCCAGACACCACAGAAAAUUACCAGGUGAUACAAUAAGUGCCACCUGAGCAGGGAGGGUGGGACAACCCUAGGGGGCACUUGGUGCCUUGCAUCUGAACCGUUCAUCAGGCAGAACAGAAGGGGCUUCAGAUCUGAGUACCACAGCCAGGCCAAGACUGAGGCUUGGGAGAGCUCCUGAGUCUCCUGAAGUCUGUCUCUUCUAGUUUCCUAUCCUCUCUGGAGGGGAAACUGAGGCCAGAAAGGGAAAGGCUUCCCAGGUCCCCAUACCAGCUCCCAGUGAGGUCAGGUUUGAAUCAGGGAGACUUGAGGACCCAUGUCUCUGUGGUUCUACCCUUGGAAUUUGGAGCUGGACUUGACCUACCAGGUGCCAGGCCGGUACUGCUACUGAAUGCUCCCUGGUAUUAACAAGCUGACGUUUCUGGAGAACCACACACUUGGCUCAGAUUCCGCUCACAUCAAAGGUGAGUGCUGGGUGGUACCAGAAAGCCAGGCUUGGGGAGGGGAGCACAGAAGCUUGCCUCCUCAGCCCGUGGGAUGACAGGAGCCCAUUUGAGGACUCCUCGAUCCAGCCAGUGUGGUCUGUGUGUUUCUGAGAGGUUAUAGCCAGGUAGGCACAGGGCACGGGUGUCCCCUGCCUCUCUGAUCUGUGGCCUCAGAUGAUAAGAAGGGUCUGCGACCAGACCCAUCCAAAAUGAGCUGACUCUUGUAGUCUGUAGAAGGUAUCACAAGAGACAAGCUAGGGCUUGACCUGGAGAGAACUCGCCAACCACUCUCGGAGAUGAUGAGCUCCCCAGUGGGGCGGAUGUGCAGGCUGACAUUUCUAGGGUUCUGGAAAGUCAGGCUUUCAGAUUCUGUGAUGAUCCUAAAGUUGAUUAAGUUGUUACGAUGUGUGAGGUCUGAACCUGGUUUCAUUCCGUCAGUUUACUAAGUGGGGGCAUAAAAUGUCCCAGAUGGUAUCAGGGUUCUCGGCUUCCGGGGCGCGGAGGGCAAUCCUGUCUCAGGAGUUCUAGAGUGUGGGCAAGUGCUGCUUACAUCUGGGUCCACCCGUUUUGCUUACUCACAGUGAGUCUGCUGCUUAGACUAUUGACCUCAGCUGUAAUAACCCUUACCCACCGGGGGCUCACUAACUGCCCAGAGCUUCCUGGCAUUCAGGUGUGAUCAGCCUUCUGGACCUAACAGUGACAUGGGGCGUGGUUGGAGGCCGCAGUGAGAUGCCAGUUUCAGGAAGUGGUUGGCACAGCCUUUCCUUGAUAGGUUUCUGUACUGCUGGAUGGGCGUGGGCAGAACCCCUCCCCGGUCCACUGAACUGCAAACCCCAACAUUUGGUUUCCUGUACUGACAACACAAGUUAAUGUACUUGGUUUUCUCAGAUGGGGUGGCAGAAGAUGAUCCUUUUGAAACAGGAUGUGCCUUGGGGGGGCCACUUUGAACCCAAUUCUCUAAAAUAUCCUCUGGAGAGGGUAAACGGAGACUGCCCAGGGGAACUGGAAAAACUCCUGAGUCUCUCCCUACCUGUGUUCCGAAGUCUCCAGUCUGGCCAAGGCCCCUGAGGCAUGGACUGAUGGUACCAACACAGAAGGAAUAAUUUUAAGAUGAAAGGCACGGGGAUGGUGGCAUGACACCCGCAGGCUACCCUGGCAUGCAAAGCCUCCUGCGGGGACCAGUACACCAAGAGCACAGGUCAGUGAGCCCUCACCCGUACCCCCACCAACACUCCCUUCUCAUGGCUGCCCUCUGCCCAGUUAGUUCCCUAGAACUAGCCAAGGAGUAAAGAGGCACCCACAAGGGUCUUAAUGAGCAAUCCGGGGUUAAUGGGUUACCCAGCAUGGUGAUAUAUUCACCAGCCUCCCAGGGCUCUCAAAGUCCAGACUGGCCUGGCUUCCAAGGUCUAGGCUUGUAGGCUUGGCUGCUCCUCUUUCCGGCCCUGACACCUUAGAGUUCAGUGUGGGGGUACGGGAGGUCAAGAGUCUCCACACCAUCCACAGAGCCUCUGCAGGAAGACUCUAAGUCCACCUCCAGACUCGCGGUUUCCUCCUGCGUCAAUCCAGUCUCAACCCUAACCCUGAUCCUUUCCUGGGGCUUCCAUCCUAGUGUCCGUCCCUCCGAGGCCCCGGCCUCCCUACCUGGCUAAAAGCACUGUUUGGUUUGUUUUUUAAUUUUAUUUCCUGUGUAUGGUGCUUUGCUUGCAUGUAUGCCUGCGGACUGCUUGUGUGCCUGGUGCUCCUAGAGACCAGAAUAGAGAGAGAGUCGGAUCCCCUGGGACUAGAGUUACAGUUAUGGGACCACCAUGUGGGUGAUGGGAAUCAAACCUGGGUCCUCUGGAAGAGCAGCCUCUGUCUUAACCAUGGAACUAUCUCUCCAGUCCCAGGCCUUUUCUGUUUGUUUGCUUGCUUGUUUUAAAACCUUUUAAAUUAUUAUUUUGGAGCUAAAGAGACAUCUCAGUGUCUCAGGUAAGAGCACAUACUGUUCUUGCUAAGAAUUCAAAUUCAAUUCCCAACACCCACAACAGGCAGCUCACACUGCCUGUAACUCCAGCUUCAGGGGAACUGACACCCCUCUGACUUUCUCAUACACAGACAUACACAUGUAUACAUAAGUAAUAAUAAAAAUAUUCUGUUUUAUUUUAUGUUUUGUGUGUGUGUGUGUGUGUGUGUGUCUAUGUGCCCGAGGGAGUCAGAGUCCCCUGGAACUGGAGUUAGAGAUGGUUGCAAGCCACCAUGUUAGUGCUGGGAAUCGAACGUGGGUCCUCAGAAGAAAGGGUAGUCAGUCAGUGCUGUUAAGAUGAGCCAUCUUUUCAGCCCCAACAUUUAUCAGUGUAGUGUGUGUGUGUGUGUGUGUGUGUGUGUGUGUGUGUGGUAUACAGGUAUACAUGUAUGUGCUAUGAAGUGCUUGUGAAGCCUAAAGAACAGCUGUCAGAAGUCCCUUCUCUCCUUUGCCAUGGGCCUACGGGACUACGGAACUCCCCUUGUCUCCCAAUUGUCAGGCUCAGAGGGAGCACCAUUAUCUACAGAGCCACUGUGUAGAUCCAGAGAGCACUGGGUUCUUCCCAAGCAGGUUGGGGGCCUCUUAGAAGAAGAGUUCAGAGGGAUGUGGAGUAGAUGGCGGGAAAGGAGUUGACUGAAUGAGGGUAAACUGAGGGACAACAGAAGAAAAUUGGACAGGCUAUAGAAUGUGAGAUCCCAGGGCCUUGAGGUUUGGGAUUUCCCUUUCUGUUGGAAACGAACCCCAUCUCAUUCAAUGAGAGAUUAUAAGGGCUUAAAUGGACCGUCCCCCACUUCCCCUGCCAAGUGCCCCACCCCCCAUUGGCCAGAUUGCCUUUACCUAGAAAACUGAGGGAUUAGGAAAGACUCUUGGUGGUGAGACUUCCUCCAAUCCAGUUAACCAAAAUACUUGGAGUAGCAGCCCCUCCCCCGCUCGGGGGCCCAGAUGGUCCAGAGGGUCAGCCUCCUUCUGGUAAGACUCCUUAGAUCUGGCAGGGUCUCAGAGGACUUCAGUUAUAACCCCAGCUCUAUGUGACCCCUACUUGAACACAGAAGCCACAGCUGUCCCUUCUCUUCUUUAAUGUCUACCUGUCCCUUGGGCUCAGAUUUCUCCUUGGGAGCCUCCCAGGCUCCGAGCUGUCCACAGCCCUUUCAGGUCACAUGGCCUCAGGGACUGGAUUUGGAGCCAACCCUCUCUCUACCUGGAGUAGCUCCUGUACCUUUAAAACCUCCUCCCAACCCAGGCUUGCUGGGAGAGGGAAGGGAGGAGCUGGGUCACAGCUGGGGAUGGGGACUUAGUCUUCCGCUGCUGUGGGACCGUGUGGAACUGGGACUGAAUGCAGCACAUGUCUGGCUGUGCCACAGCUGCUGUGUGACCCCCACAAAGCCCUCCUCACCCUCUCUGAGCUGCUGGACACCGUAGGUGGGGCAAAAUAGACUUGGGGACCCCCUCAAGCAUGUAUGAAGACUUGGUUCUGUCCCAUGGCUCUCCCAUGCCACUCUGGGGGCUCUGGUGAUCCUCUCAGAACCUCCCUGUAGCCACCUGCGCAGCAGGAGUGUACCACACUUCUGGAUAACGGGGCAGCAGGCUCCCGUGCCCUGGUCCCUGUGGGCUCACACAGGAGUCCGAAGAGGUGGCCUGCUGCAGCAGUCUCAGAAGACUGACCGUAGUUUUCUGCAGUGUGUUGGGGAGUUCUCGCCUGUCUACACAGCUGUUUUUCACCUAGGGAAGGUGUGGAGCUCCUACUGGACGAGCCAUGAAGAAUCGGUUCGUGGUGCUGGGUCUGGUGGCCGUGGUUCUGGUAUUUGUCAUCAUUGCCCUCUGCAUCUGGCUGCCCUACACAUCUAGGAAGCCCGACCAUGUGUACUCCAGGGCAGCCGUGGCCACAGACGCCAAGCGCUGCUCAGAGAUUGGACGGGACAUACUACAGGAGGGUGGCUCCGUGGUGGAUUCAGCUAUCGCAAGCCUGCUGUGUAUGGGACUCAUUAAUGCCCACAGUAUGGGCAUCGGAGGCGGCCUGUUCUUCACCAUCUACAACAGCACCACACGGAAAGCUGAAGUUAUCAAUGCCCGUGAGGUGGCUCCCAGGCUGGCCACUACCAACAUGUUCAACAGCUCGAAAGACUCUGAAGAAGGUGGCCUUUCAGUGGCAGUUCCUGGUGAAAUUCGUGGCUACCAGCUGGCACACCUACGGCAUGGGCGACUACCCUGGGCUCGCCUCUUCCAGCCAAGCAUUGAGCUAGCCCGCCAUGGCUUCCCUGUGGGCAAGGGCUUGGGAAUGGCCCUGGCCAGUAAACGGGAAAUCAUUGAGCAGACACCUGCCUUGUGCGAGGUGUUCUGCCGUCAAGGGAAGGUGCUUCGGGAAGGAGAGAUAGUGGUGAUGCCGAGGCUAGCCGAUACUUUGGAGAUCCUGGCCAAGGAAGGCGCCCAGGCCUUCUACAAUGGGAGCCUCACAGCCCAGAUUGUGAAGGACAUCCAGGAGGCUGGAGGCAUUAUGACGGUCGAGGACCUGAAUGACUACCGUGCUGAGCUGAUUGAGAACCCGAUUAGCAUCAGCCUUGGGGACUCGACACUCUAUGUGCCCAGUGCCCCACUCAGUGGGCCGGUGCUGGUUCUCAUCUUGAACAUCCUCAAAGGAUACAACUUCUCUCCGAAGAGCGUGGCAACCCCUGAAGAGAAGGCACUGACCUACCACCGUAUUGUGGAGGCCUUUCGGUUUGCCUAUGCCAAGAGGACCAUGCUUGGCGACCCAAAGUUUGUCGAUGUGUCUCAGGUGAUCCGCAACAUGAGCUCAGAGUUCUAUGCGUCUCAGCUUCGGGCCCGGAUUUCUGAUGGAACCACUCAUCCAACCGAAUACUACGAGCCCGAAUUCUACAUUCCUGAUGAUGGCGGCACUGCUCACCUGUCCGUGGUUUCGGAGGAUGGCAGCGCUGUGUCUGCCACCAGCACCAUCAAUCUCUAUUUUGGCUCCAAGAUCCUUUCUCGGGUCAGUGGUAUCCUGUUUAAUGAUGAGAUGGAUGACUUCAGCUCACCCCAAUUCGUCAACCAGUUCGGGGUGUCCCCCUCACCAGCCAACUUCAUCAAGCCAGGGAAGCAGCCACUUUCAUCCAUGUGUCCGUCAAUCAUCGUGGAUAAGGACGGCAAGGUGCAGAUGGUGGUGGGCGCCUCCGGAGGCACACAGAUCACUACAUCCACCGCACUGGCCAUCAUCAACAACCUGUGGUUUGGCUAUGACGUGAAGAGAGCCGUAGAGGAGCCCCGGCUGCACAACCAGCUUUUGCCCAACACCACAACAACAGAGAAGGACAUUGAUCAGGUGGUGACUGAAGGCCUGAAGACUCGGAACCACUACAUGGAGGUCACGCCCACCUUCAUUGCUGUGGUUCAGGCCGUCGUCCGAACAGCCAAUGGUUGGGCAGCUGCCUCAGACUCCAGGAAGGGCGGGGAGCCAGCUGGCUACUGAGAGCUCAGAAGAGGCAAGACCAGAGACGAGAUAUUGAUCAGGAACAAGAGUUGAACUUUGGAAGACGUGCUGCCCCUGAGUGAGACAGAGCAGCACAAUAAAUGUGGCCAACUGCCAAGCUCCGGGAAGUCUUGCUGGUUGGACUUUCCAUA